AUGCGGGUGGAAAUGGUCGGAGGUUGCUGCGCGUGUCGACGAGCGACUGCGGCUGAGAAUCCGCUGGUUUACUGUGAUGGACACGGCUGCAGCGUCGCCGUUCACCAAGCAUGCUAUGGCAUUGUCCCGGUGCCCACCGGUCCGUGGUUCUGUCAGUGUGAGUCACAGGAAAGGGCAGCACGCGUGAGGUGUGAGCUCUGUCCCCACAAAGAUGGAGCCCUCAAGAGGACGGACAGCGGAGGCUGGGCCCACGUCGUUUGCGCGCUCUACAUCCCCGAGGUGCAGUUUGCCAACGUCCCACCAGGAGCAAUCAUCCUGCAGUACGUCCCACAUGAGAGAUAUAUCAAGACCUGCUACAUCUGCGAGGACCACGGGAGGGAGAGCAAGGCUGCCUGUGGAGCCUGCAUGACCUGCAACAGACAGGGCUGCAGACAAGCCUUCCAUGUCACAUGUGCUCAGAUGGCAGGUCUGCUGUGUGAAGAGGAAGGCCCAGAAGCAGACAACGUCAAAUACUGCGGAUACUGCAAGCAUCACUACAACAAAAUGAGUCACAAGGACAAGAUUCGACAAAAAGAGCGUCACAAGAAGUCCUCUGACAGCCUUGUCUCCUCAGUGACAAGCAGCAGUAUAGAAAAAAUAUCCUCCAGUCACCACAGCAACAAGGACAGCGAGGGGAAGUCCAAGAAGCUGAGCUCACACAGUCAUGGCCACCGAAGUAAAAAGACGGGAAGCACUGGCAAAAGCUGCUCUUCUUCCUCCUGCUCCUCCAGUCCAUUCAACACAGGUGGCUCCCUGCCUUCCACUCAGGAUUUCCAUCAGUUCUCGUCGUCCUCCCGCCUGGAGCGCGACCAUGAACGAGGUGGCGACGACCACCACAGUGGUGAGGAGCGUAAGGAGCGUCACAGGAGGCCAGCGGUCCAGGAGGAAGAGGACGAGGAGGAGGAUGAAAAGGAGGAGGACAAAGAUGAAGAGGAAGAAGAGGAGGAGGACAGUAAAUAUCACAAGCCACCAGCUUUGACUCCUGCUGAGGGCCCACUGGCAGGGUCACAGGGUCAUGACAGGUCGGAGGGCAACACGAGCCCUUUCACUAUCUCCACCUUUGGGUCCAUCAUGCGCAUCACCUCCUCAUCAGGGCUGGGCAACAGCAGCAAGAUCCGGAAGAUCUCCUCCUCCGGGGACUACAAACCCUCCAAGUCUCUCUGCAAACCAUCUCAACUGAGCACACCGCCUAUUCUGGAGGAGGCGGACAUGGAGGAAAAGGCCACGCCUCCACCACUGCCCAGAGAGAGGAGGCACCGCGGCAACAAGAAGAGCAGCCACGGUCCAGGGCGCCCACGGGGCAGCAAGAACCGAGAGCGGAGGGAAGAGGAGCAUCACCACCACCAUCAUCACGCGGCACCCCCUCCUCCAGCCUUAACCUCCUCGCUCUACCCGAGCCCGUCCUCCGUCCCGCACCCCGCCUUCCCCUCCACGCUUCCUCCCACCACCAUCGGUUCCUCGUCUUCUUCUUCCUCUUCUUUCUCCUCCUCCUCUGCUGGCAGUUUUUCCACAAGCCGCGGCAACUCGCUGCUCGGCUCCGGUAUCUACUCCAGUCUCAAGGACCCUCUCACACUGGGCGGGGGCGUCUGCAGUACCCCUCUCUCCCUGGGUGGAGGGGUGUGUAGCACCUCUUUGUCCCUGGGAGGGGGUAUGUGUAGCACCCCUCUCUCCUCAGGACUCCUUCAAUCCCACGUCUCCUCACUCUCACUUCCGUCGGUCAACGCUGUCUCGAACACACAGGUGCAUCCAGGUUCCAGUACCUCCUAUAGCCUGACCUCCACUCAGCCCUUCGCCAGCUGUCUCUCCACAACCGCGACACUGCCGCCACUACUGAGCCAAGCCCAGACCUCACUGCCAGAGUCCGACCUCGAUGACUGUCGCUUCCCAUGUCACGGAAACUCGCCGAGAGAGAGUCUUUCUUCACAGUCUCCGAUGAGUUGUCUUCCUCUUCUAUUUGACCAGAGAGACGGGCUGGGUGCAGGCGUCAGAGCGCGCCCUGAGAACGUCCCUGCAGCCAGCUCUCACAUCGAGCUCCUGCUGGAGAAACAUGGCAACGGAGAGAUGGGCGUCAACAUUGUGGAGAUGCUCCAGUCGCUACACUCCCUGCAGCAGGAGAACCAGCGCCUCCAGGACCAGAUCCUCAGCCUGACAGCCAAGAAGGAGCGGCUGCAGCUGCUCAACACAGAGCUGGCCGUGCCUUUCCCUCCACACAUGAUUUCCGCCCAGGGCUCCAUGCACACCUCCGCCCAGAUCAACUUCCUGUCAUCCACCCAAGACCCCCUGAGCACCAAUAAGAGUCCCCUGUCCAAAAGCUGCUUCCUGAAUGACACCUCCUUUGUUACCUCGUCAGAGGAGCUCCACUCUGGUAGUCCGUCCCGCAGUAGCUCCUCCCUCUCCUUCCAGAGUACUCCUCCUCCACAGCAGAGCCCCGCCUCCUUCAGCCAGCCCCUGCUGAACGGCCUGAGUCGGGGUCUGAGCGACGGUCUGGGGACCAUCAGUCAGGCCGGAAGCUCCUCUCUACCCAUGGUGAGCGGGCUCAUGGCGUCCCUCGCAGGAAGCCCUCAGCUGAAUAUGAACGGCGUGCUGGGCAGCCUGAACGGCGUAAUCCAGUCCCCUGUGCAGAACGCUCCUCAGCCCACGCUCCCCGCUCUGCGCCCUCAGCCUCCACCUCUCAACCCCCAGGCGCUGGCACAGGGCUUUCAGCUUCCCAAGAGUGUGAGCCCGUCUUCUCUCCUGUCCGAGCAGCAGAAGCAGAUUCUUCUGGAGCAGCAGCAACAGCAGCAGCUCCAGCAGUUCCUCACCUCACAGAACUUCACUCCUGAGCAGCAGGUGGUGGUGUGCCAGAUGCUGCAGCAGCAGAGACAGAGGGAGCUGCAGCGCCUCACGCUUACGGGAGCCCUCGCCUCCACUCCAAACUCACCCAUGAUCGCCCAGUCACCCAACCUGCUGUCUUCAGCCACAGCCUCACCCCUGCAGGCCGGCCAGGGUGCCAGCCUCUUUGGCCUGCAGGACAAUGCACUUCACAAGCCCGGGGCUGCAGGAGAGAAGGGUGGAGACAAGAAUGGGUGACGUUUACUCUAGUACACCAGAGCAGCUCACGGGCAGAUAUCGGGCGUCAGCCCACUUGAAGAACUGAGGUCAACUUACGUGACUUUUGAACGUUUUUCCUUCUGUCAUCUUUAUCUUACACCCUCUUUUAUGAAUGUAUAACAGGAUGGACUUAACGUCAAGGUGAAGUUUUUCGUGUUUUGGAAUUCUUUAUAUCAGAGGUUCUUCUCAUAGGUUUUUGUGUAGGCAGCUUUCAGAGAGCACGAAUAUGAUGGUCUCUUCUUAAAUUGCACUAAUUUGUUAGCUAGACCAAUGGGGCUGCUUAUGAAGGCAGAGCCAGAGUUCCUGCUCAUCCCUGCAGGUUCUGUGCGAGCUUUUUUGGGUUGAAGCGUGAACUUGAGGUCAGAGUGUCUCUUCUCUGACUUGUCAACCACUGACCGUUCAUGAUUCCCUUCCACGGCUUGAACCAGUUUCCAUUCAGUCAGUAAGAAUCACAAGACUUCUGCCACUUCUUGCAACCUCAACUGUCUUCCUUGAUAUUUUGUCUUCCCUUUUUGUGUUCACCUCCCCACCCCCAUUUUCAUCCAGAUCUUCUAUAUGUUGCAUCUUAUCACAUGCAUUUAUUAUGUAAAGGGUAAAUAUACUGUCUUUUUCGACGUGUGGUUAGUGGCAUUUCAACAUUAAGCUAGUUAUUACCUCAGAAUUUUCUGCCACCUAUUUUCCAAUGUUGAAUUUUUGUGCUGACUCAUUACCGCAAUAGCCUUCACUGGAUAUAAAUGCCCACCAAAAAAAAGUCUUGGUUUUAGCUCAUGUAAAUGUAAAAAAAAAAUAAACGGCACAGAACCCGCAUGUCCGAGAUGGCGCUGUCGUCCACCAAAGUCUGGCAUCAACGUGAACGUUGAACGCACCAGAUUUUACUCCAAACCACCAGAGUUUCUAAAGACUUUUAUAUCCUUCCAGUUGCUAUCGAGAUUAAGCAGACAAAACCAAACAUUUGGAAACUUAUGAAAGAAAUUAAUUGUUUUUCCUAAACAAGUGUGCACUUUGCAUGUUAGUAGCUAACAGAGCAAAUUAGCCAUUAACACAGUACCUUUAUAAAGGAUGCUUGGUACUUACUAGGCCACUAGGGACGGACAGGUUUUUGAUUUAUGUAUUUUGCACUCCUUCUUCCUCCUCCUCCUACUCCUGAAGCAUUGUUUUUUUUAUUUUGUGUUACUUUCAUACAGAAAUAUUCUUUUCAUGUUCACCAACUAGUUGUUCUUUUAGCAAUACUGGAUAGAUAAUGCCUUAAUGAUGUUAGAUUUACAGAGAAAACCACGAGCCCAAAGGCUCACUCUCUUUGUCGUCUUUCUUUGAUGGUGUUUUUUAAUCUGGGGUACACGGAGGGGCACAUUAGUAAACUCAGAGCACUCUUCCUAAACCCAUUUAUACUUUUGAUAGCUGACUGAUGAUUUCAAAGUUGAAAUGUGUGAAUAACCAUAUAGUGGUAACUAAAGUGUCAAAUCAUUUUUCUAUUGUAAUUUUUGUGUUCAGAUGCAAUGUUCUUCGGUUGUUUGUGAGAAACAAGGACUUAUUGAGACUCUUACAGUAAAGUCUGCACAGUGGUGUCACAGGAGACAGCUGGGGACGGCCAUGAUGUAAACUAUUAUUAAACGUGCUGUCGCAACAGUGUAUCAUACAUAGUGUAGCUGUCAGCUGAGCAGACGGUGAUUUGCCAAUGUUGUUAGUGUUGACCUGCAGGCGCGUUUGAGCCCACGCUCAUGACUCAAGCCAACGUAGAGACUAUGAUGUGCUUCUCUUUCCUUCCACUCCACUCUAUCAUAGUAUGUUCGGCUCGGUUUGACUAACAAAGGCCACUCACAAAGUAAGCGAUUUAUUUGAUCAUGUUUUCUCCUGUGUUUUUUUUUUUUUUUAACAAUACUGUCAUUUUACUAUUUUCUCGCUUCUGUUUGCAGUCUUGAACAUGAUCUCCCAUACAUGUGAUAUCUUGAGUGCUAGGUUGUUUUGUUAGCAGCUAUUAUGUAGACGUCAGAAAGGAACUUCAAGCAGCUCACUAGUCGGUGAUAAAUACUGUAGCAAUGACAGAAGGAGAAUGUUGAUUAUGUUGAUAAAGACACAAGCCGACGCGUUAACAUGACUCCAAGUGGGAGGUCUGCAAUUUACCAAGUAUGUCUUUAUGAUGUAAAUCCAGACACAACCAUGUCCAAGAGAUUGACUGACUGAAGGGUGCGAAGGAUUUGUGAAGCGGUUUCUUUCUCAUGUUGCACUGGGGCGCUUUGGGCCCAAUUGUAAAUCGUUUUUUAGUACCUUUUCAAUUUUGUUGGAAUACAAGUUGUAUACUUUAAUAAUGUUUGUGUAAAGACACAUUCAUUCUUUUAAGCUUUGAAGUUUGGGUAACCAAGAUAAUCCAUGUUCUGAAUGUCGUACUGUGUAUCUUUUAUGUAUUACAACAUUUAAGCACCUGGCUCUGAAUGAGGUCCGAUGGAGAGCGAGUUACCUAUCGGGAUAUGAAUUGCAUGAAAUGCAGUGACGUCUCUCAAAAUGUAUUGCUAAAUACCAAGUAAUAACUAUGCAUAAUUUUAAAUGCAUUGUUCCCUGGAAAAGAAAAAAAAGAAAUUAAAUGAAAUGAGCACUGAAUUUUAAAAAGGACAAGCAUGUUGUCAUUGUACAGUGUAUUUGUUUGAGAGAAUCGAUUGAAACGAAUUUGACGAUAUUCAUAUUAAAAGCCCUGUAAAGUAUUUUGAUAUUUUUGUGUGUAAAAUUAAAAGGACGGAUUAAGACAACUUUUUUUGUCAAUAAAUGUAUUUUACUGAGUUGUUA